AUGGUCACUUCGGUUCCGUCCUUGCACCCUGGAGGUUGGACCCUAAUAUUCCUUGGGUCGUUGCCACCAUUGCUUUUUACCCCCACUCCUUUCCACCACACCACCAUGCAUGUCUUGUCUGUUGCACCCCCUGCUCUAGCCUCUCGUUUCUCCACUGAUAGUGGACCAGUGGCCACGAUGCCCACCAACUUUUGUUCUGCAACCCCGUUGGUUGCUUCACUAUUUGUUGAUUCCUCCCAGGCUGCCUCUUCUCCUGACACUUGGAUGUUUGACUGCCAUAUGGAUGGAGAUUCAACUUAUGCCCCUCGUCUUGGCGUAGGAGACAUGAUCGCCAUCUAUCGUCAGGCUUGUGUUGUUUCUUGUCAGACUGGUCCUCAAUUUGGACAGCCUGCAUUUUUGGGAUGUUUGACUCACAUUGCUGGGUGGAGUUCUUCCACCAUUGAGUUUGGUGUGGAGAUUACAAGUGUUUUCCCCACCCACCCUACAACUAUUCAACUACCUUGGGCUGUUUGUCGUCUUUCACUGCUGCAACGUCUCUGGGGGUGGUUAAUACCUUGGCCACGUUGUUCCUCUUUCCAUCCUCCUCCUCUUAUGCCUGUGGUGGACGAUCAUGAGGGUGAUGAUCUAGUGUGGUGUGACGUUGAUGUUUGA